AUGGCUCCUAAACCGGAUACCCCAUUCCGCUCUGCGGACAUGAGCAUGGUACAGCUCUAUGUCUCUAAUGAAAUCGGUCGCGAAGUCGUUACGGCCCUCGGCGAGCUUGGUCUCUGCCAAUUCCGCGAUCUUAAUGAGGAUGUCAGCGCAUUCCAACGCACUUUUACUCAGGAGAUUCGGCGACUCGACAAUGUUGAGCGACAGCUGCGAUACUUCUACGCUCAGAUGGAUAAGAUCGGAAUCCCGCUCCGAAAGCUGGACCUCGACGUUGAGCGACUUGCGUCUCCCUCAACUUCCGAAAUUGACGAGCUUGCUGAGCGAAGCCAGAAGUUGGAACAGCGAGUAUCUGCCCUGAACGAAAGCUACGAGACUCUGAAGAAGCGCGAGGGCGACUUGACCGAGUGGCGAUGGGUCCUGCGUGAGGCCGGCAGCUUCUUCGACCGCGCCCACGGAAAUGUCGAGGAGAUCCGCGCUUCUACUGACAACGACGAUGCUCCUCUUCUGUCUGACAUCGAGCAAAACCAGGGUGGCCCCGAUGCCGAGCGUUCUUUCUCUGGCAUGAAUAUUGGCUUCGUCGCUGGUGUCAUUGCUAGAGACAGAGUCGCCUCCUUCGAGCGUAUCCUCUGGCGAACUCUGCGCGGUAACCUUUAUAUGAACCAGUCUGAGAUUCCCGAGCCCUUGAUCGAUCCUACCAACAACGAGGCCAUCAACAAGAACGUCUUCGUUAUUUUCGCACAUGGCAAGGAGAUCCUCAACAAGAUCCGUAAGAUCUCCGAGUCCAUGGGUGCUGAUGUGUACAAUGUCGACGAGAACAGUGAUCUUCGACGAGACCAGAUUCACGAGGUCAACAACCGACUGGAGGAUGUACAGAACGUUCUACAAAACACCCAGGCCACUCUUCAGGCAGAGCUUAAGCAGAUCUCUCAGUCGCUGUCUGCCUGGAUGGUUCUUGUCGCCAAGGAAAAGGCCGUGUAUAACACUCUAAACAACUUCUCCUAUGAUAGUGCUCGGCGAACUCUCAUUGCCGAAGCCUGGGUACCUACCAAUGAUCUUCCCCUGAUCAGGACGACCCUUCAGGACGUUACUAACAGAGCUGGCCUCUCCGUUUUCCAGACUAUCGUCAAUGCCUAUGGUACCGCCACGUACCAGGAAGUCAACCCGGCCAUUCCUGUUUUUGUCACCUUCCCUUUCCUAUUCGCUGUCAUGUUUGGUGAUUUUGGCCAUGCCAUUAUCAUGCUUUCCGCUGCUCUUGCUAUGAUUUACUGGGAGAAGUCUUUGAAGAAGGGUACCUUCCAGCUGUUUGCCAUGAUCUUCUACGGCCGCUACAUUGCUCUGGUCAUGGCUGUUUUCUCCGUCUUUACCGGUCUCAUCUACAAUGAUGUCUUUUCUAUGUCCAUGACUCUCUUCGAGAGUGCUUGGGAGUUUAAGAAGCCCGAGAACUAUACCAACACUACAAGCAUCGUUGCCACUCUGAGGGAAGAUGGCCACCGUUACCCCUUCGGUUUGGAUUAUGCAUGGCACGGAAGUGAGAAUGACCUCCUCUUCAGCAACAGUUUGAAGAUGAAGAUGAGUAUCCUUCUAGGCUGGGCACACAUGACCUACUCGCUCUGCUUCUCUUACAUCAACGCUCGCCACUUCAAGAAGCCCAUUGACAUCUGGGGCAACUUCAUCCCUGGCAUGAUCUUCUUCCAGUCCAUCUUUGGCUACCUGGUUAUUUGCAUUGUUUACAAGUGGUCUGUUGAUUGGCUGGGCACUGGCCGCCAACCUCCUGGACUGCUCAACAUGCUUAUUUACAUGUUCCUCCAGCCUGGAACCAUUCCUGAGGGCGAAGAGCUUUACGCUGGACAGUCUGUUGUCCAAGUCAUUCUCUUGCUCUUGGCUUUCAUCCAAGUCCCCAUCCUCCUCUUCCUCAAGCCUUUCUAUCUUCGAUGGGAGAAUAGCCGUGCUCGCGCCAAGGGUUACCGUAGCAUAGGUGAAACCUCCCGAGUUAGUGCUUUGGACGGCGAUGAUGAAGACGCCAAUGGCCACGGCAACAGCUUCGACGAAGAUGGCGAGGGAGUUGCUAUGAUCUCCCAGAACAUUAGUGAGGAGCAUGAGGAGUUCGAGUUCAGUGAGGUUAUGAUCCACCAGGUCAUUCACACAAUUGAAUUCUGUCUGAACUGUGUCUCACACACUGCCUCUUACCUCCGACUUUGGGCUUUGUCUCUCGCUCAUCAACAGCUGAGUAUUGUGCUUUGGUCCAUGACUCUUGGCCCUGCCCUCAAAAUGAGCGGCGUUGUCGGUGUCAUAAUGAUUGUUGUCUGUUUUACUAUGUGGUUCUUCUUGACCAUUGCUAUUCUCGUUUGUAUGGAGGGUACCAGUGCCAUGUUGCACUCCCUGCGUCUCGCUUGGGUCGAGUCGUUCUCCAAGUUCGCAGAGUUUGCCGGUUGGCCCUUUGCGCCUUUCUCGUUCAACACCCUGCUGGAAGAGUCGGAAGAGCUCAAGGACUACUUGGGUUAA